ACAAAACGAAGAAGCGAAACUUCCGUUUUUUAUUUUCGACCGAGUCACGGCAAAUUCGUCACCGAUCUAGCGCGACCGAGUUAAUGGAAGGAGUGGGAGCUCGAUUCGGUCGAUCCUCCACUCGGUACGGACCGACUACUGUGUUCACGGGGUCGGUAAGGAGAUGGAAGAAGAAAUGGGUUCACGUUUCGCCAUCUAAAAGCGGAGGCAAAACCACCUCCACCAACAAUAAUCAUUCUCAAAAUCACCAUAGCAGCAAUGGUACAUCUAACGGUAAUAACGGUACUCAUCUCGUCCUUUUUAAAUGGACCCCAAUAUCCCAAAGCCAAAAUGACAGCAACGCAAACAAUUCCUCCAAGGACGAUGCCGAGGCGGAGCCCGAGGAGCCUCCCAGGCGGAAAUUUAAGUACAUUCCAAUUGCUGUGUUGGAGGAACAGGAAAGGGAAGCUGCUGAAAACGAGUCUGCAGACAAUGUUGACGAUGAAGCUAAACCAAGUGAGGGUGAUCCCCGUGUAGCUGAGCCAACUUCCAGGAAUGACGGUUUUGACGAAAAACCCGACAUUAAUGACGUUCCAAUGGAAGAAAGUGAGGAGGACAAUAAAGUAGUACGACAAGAUCUGAAUGAAAGCACAUUGGAUUUGAGUUUAGGAUUGACAGCUCAUGACGGAGAGUCCGAUUCGAAACCAAAUCGCCACGGACAGCUGGAAAGAGUGAAAUGAAGUAUACUUGGAUGUGAGUCAUGCAUGCCGCAUCAGCUAAUAUAUGACAUUCAUCUUAGCCAGGGAUUCAAUUUUCCAUUCGGCCUUUCUUGUCUACCAUUCCGGUUGGUCGGUCUUCGUUCAAGCUAAAUGCAUUGAAAUGGCUUAUCUUUGUACUUUUAGUUUCUUUCAUUUGAUACUCCAUUGAUUGAUAAGGAGAUUGCAAUUUGUAUUGAUGAAGAACAGAACAG